CUCCUCGGCGGUGCGGCAGCCGUGCUCGGACUCCACUGCGCCUCUGAGGGGGUCAAACACACGUUCAAGAUCUGCGGUCACUUGUUUGCAUGGUUUCAAGGCACAAUGAGUCACGCUGGCUCUUGGAAAUGCUGGCUCUGGGUGGCGAUGCUCCUGCUUCCUGCUUCCACUUCCGUGACAGUCAGGGACAAGCCAGAAAAACAAUGUGCUAUCCUGAGGACAGAGGGACAUCAGUUUAGACAAGACAAUAGAGAUGAACUGGAAGUUUCAGGGUUUGAUCUAGGAGAGAGCUUUUCUUUGCGACGUGCAUUUUGUGAAGGUGAUAGAACCUGUUUCAGACUGGGAAGUGCACUUCUUAUUAGAGAUACUGUUAAGAUAUUUCCCAAAGGCCUUCCUGAGGAGUAUGCCAUAGCAGCCAUGUUUCGUGUACGAAGAAACACCAAAAAGGAACGCUGGUUUCUGUGGCAAGUCUUAAACCAGCAGAAUAUGCCACAGGUUUCUAUAGUAGUUGAUGGUGGAAAGAAGGUGGUGGAAUUUAUGUUCCGUGCUGCUCAGGGAGAAGUGAUGAACUACAUUUUUAAAAAUCGAGAACUCCGUUCUUUGUUCGAUCGUCAGUGGCAUAAACUGGGCAUCGUUAUACAACCCCGGGGCAUUUCCCUAUACAUGGAUUGCAACUUAAUUGCAAGCCAGCACACUGAUGAAAAGGAUGCUGUGGACUGGCAAGGAAGGACUGUGAUCACUGCACGAGCUUCUGACGGCAAGCCUGUGGAUAUUGAACUUCACCAACUUAAAAUCUACUGUAAUUCAAACUUCAUAGCUAAAGAAUCUUGUUGCGAAAUAUCAAAUACUAAGUGCCCAGAGCAUGAUGGCAUUGGAAGUACUACAUCAUUAUCAAUACCCGCUCACACCAGUAGAUUGUCUGCGUAUCUGCCAGCAAAGCAGGAACUUAAAAACCAGUGCCAGUGCAUUCCAAACAAGGGAGAAGCAGGACCACCUGGAGCACCAGGCUCACUUGGUCAGAAAGGGGAUAAAGGAGAACCGGGUGAAAAUGGUUUACAUGGAGCUCCAGGCUUACCUGGUCAAAAGGGAGAGCAAGGUGUCAAAGGCAGCAAAGGAGAAAUUGGUGAAAAGGGUGAACAAGGAGAAAAAGGAGACCCAGGUCUGGCUGGUGUUGACGGACAAGAUGGUUUGAAAGGUGACUUGGGUCCCCGUGGUCCACCUGGCCCAAAAGGAGAAAAGGGAGAUGCAGGACCUCCAGGAGCCCCAGCCUUAACCGGUUCCCUGGGGAUUCAAGGCCCCCAAGGUCCACCGGGAAAAGAGGGUCAGAGGGGAAGACGAGGAAAAACAGGUCCUCCAGGAAAACCAGGACCCCCAGGACCACCUGGACCUCCUGGAACACAAGGGACACAGCCGGCUCUUGGUGGAUCUUAUAACAAGGGAAACCUUGGUGAACAUGGAGCUGGUGGCCCAAAAGGAGAGAAGGGUGAAACUGGACAACCAGGAUUUCCAGGGCCUGUUGGCCCAAAAGGUCAAAAAGGAGAAUCUGGGGAACCUUUCACAAAAGGUGAAAAGGGAGAUAAAGGAGAACCUGGGAUGAUAGGAUCACAGGGAAUAAAGGGUGAACCUGGAGAUCCUGGUCCCCCUGGAUUAAUAGGAAACCCAGGACUAAAGGGUCAGCAAGGACCUGCAGGCUCUAUGGGACCCAGAGGACCCCCAGGAGAUAUUGGAUUGCCAGGAGAACACGGUAUCCCAGGAAAACAAGGCAUUAAAGGAGAAAAGGGAGAGCCAGGUGGGAUUAUAGGCCCUCCUGGGCUUCCAGGUCUAAAAGGGGAGACUGGUCCUCCAGGGAAGAGCCUGCCAGGAGAACCAGGAUUAGAUGGAAAUCCUGGAGCUCCUGGUCCACGUGGGCCAAAGGGUGAAAGGGGGCUGCCAGGCGUCCAUGGUUCCCCAGGCGACACAGGCCCUCCAGGGGUAGGAAUUCCUGGCCGAAUGGGCCCCCAAGGACCAACUGGAGUGCCAGGUAUUCAGGGUCCUCAAGGUCUCCCUGGAUUGCCAGGAACUCCAGGGAAUCAUGGAGCUCCAGGGAAGGAUGGAAAGCCAGGUCUUCCAGGCCCCCCAGGUGACCCGAUUGCACUUCCUCUUUUGGGAGACAUUGGUGUUUUGCUCAAGAACUUUUGUGGCAACUGCCAAACCAGUGUCCCUGGCCUAAAAAGCAACAAAGGAGAAGAUGGAGGUGCUGGUGAGCCUGGAAAGUACGAUUCUCUGGCCCGGAAGGGUGACACAGGGCCACGGGGCCCUCCAGGAAUCCCAGGCAGAGAGGGACCAAAGGGAAGCAAAGGAGAACAAGGCUACCCUGGGAUACCUGGGGGAAAAGGCGACGAGGGUCUUCAAGGAAUUCCAGGCCUUCCAGGUGAUCCAGGCCCAAUGGGACCCCCUGGCUUAUUGGGAAGAACUGGACAUCCUGGUCCCUCGGGAGCAAAGGGUGACAAGGGCAAUGAGGGGCCUCCUGGGAGACCUGGACCACCCGGACCGCCUGGUAUCCCAUUCACUGAAGGAAAUGGAAUGAGCAGUUUAUAUAAAAUCCAGGGCGGUAUGAGUGUUCCCAGUUAUCCAGGGCCCCCCGGCCCUCCUGGCCCAAAAGGUGAUCCUGGACCAGUGGGAGAACCUGGGGCAAUGGGUUUGCCAGGACUAGAGGGAUUUCCAGGUAUAAAGGGAGAUCGAGGCCCAGCAGGUCCCCCAGGAGUAGCCGGCAUGUUGGGGAAACCUGGAACCCCGGGGCCUCCAGGAGUUCCAGGGGAGCCGGGUGAGAGAGGACCCGUCGGAGAUAUCGGUUUCCCUGGACCAGAAGGACCCUCAGGAAAGCCAGGAAUAAAUGGAAAAGAUGGAUUGCCAGGUGCUCAGGGCAUCGUGGGUAAGCCUGGAGACAGAGGCCCCAAAGGAGAACGUGGUGAUCAGGGAAUCCCAGGAGACAGAGGCCCACAAGGUGAACAGGGAAAGCCAGGCCUUCCGGGCAUGAAGGGAGACAUCGGUCCUGUGGGGCCACCAGGAAUCAAGGGCUCCAUGGGAUCCCCUGGGCACCAAGGCCCCCCGGGCCAGCCAGGCAUCCCCGGCAUUCCAGCUGAUGCAGUUUCAUUCGAAGAAAUAAAGAACUAUAUUAAUCAAGAGGUUCUAAGGAUUUUUGAAGAGAGGAUGGCUGUGUUCCUCUCCCAGCUCCAGCUGCCGGCUGCAAUGUUAGCUGCCCAAACUCAGGGGAGGCCUGGUCCUCCCGGAAAGGAUGGGUUACCUGGGCCGCCAGGGGACCCUGGGCCCCAAGGCUACCGAGGACAGAAAGGAGAAAGAGGAGAACCUGGAAUUGGGCUUCCAGGUAGCCCGGGUCUUCCUGGGACAUCAGCUCCAGGUUUGCCAGGUUCACCAGGUGCCCCAGGCCCCCAGGGACCCCCAGGACCGAGUGGAAGAUGUAACCCAGAAGAUUGCCUCUAUCCUGUAUCUCAUGCCCGUCAGCGGACAGGUGGGAAAUAAACACACCUGAGGAAGGCUUGAUUUUUGGUGAUAUCUCCAUGCUGUUGGAGCUAUCUUAAUACUGUCAGACCCUCCUGAUAUGUGGGUGGUUUUUAUUUUCGGUGUAGGCAGACAUUAAAAGCAACAAUUUGAAUCCUAUUCUUACAGUAAUUGCGAUAUCAGAAUUUUGAACUUUUUCCCAAAUUCAUUCCAUAUGUCUUGCUUCACCAUUACUGAUUUUUAUUCAGGGUUUUCUAUGAAAUACAUAAGUAAAUCUUACCAUUAGUUUUUCUUCAAGAGAAAAUUGCAUCUUAUGAUUUAGUAGACUGAUAGCGAGGUACACUUUGUACUCUCAUCAACCAGUA